AGUGAAGAGUGAGAUGCUAAUUCCAAUUUCCAACUGAAACAAAACAGGAGUUUGAGAGAAUUCCAAAGUGAAGAAGGCGAUGGUGGUGGUGCUGGUGGUCUUCAUUUCUUUGUUUCUCCUUCUUUUCCUCUUUCUAUCAAUCAAAUUUGCCACAGCUGAUGGGGAUUUUACUUUGAUGUCCAAACGCUCUGUAAAGCGCGACCAAAUUGAAGAUAAAGUUGUUUGGAUAACUGGUGCUAGCCGUGGAAUUGGGGAGGUUCUUGCUAAGCAACUUGCAAAUUUGGGGGCUAAGCUCAUUAUUUCUGCACGUAAUGAAGCUGAAUUGGAGCGAGUCAAGAAACAACUGACUGGUAAACAUGCACCUGAUGGCGUAAAGGUUUUGCCAUUGGAUUUGGCAUCUGGUGAAGAUUGUCUCAGGGAUGCUGUAGAGAAAGCAGAGUCAUUCUUUCUUAAUGCUGGUGUUGAUUUUAUGAUCCACAAUGCAGCUAUCGAGCGUCCUAAAACUACAGCUUUGGAUGUUACUGAGGAGAGUCUGAAGUCAACAUUCAAUGUCAAUGUUCUUGGGACAAUAACGCUUACACGGUUACUAGCACCUUACAUGCUGAGGCGGGGGAAGGGACAUUUUGUCGUGAUGAGCAGUGCUGCAGGAAAGACGCCUGCACCAGGUCAGGCCGUAUACUCUGCCUCUAAACAUGCGUUAAAUGGGUACUUUCACACAUUGCGCUCCGAGCUCUAUCAGAAAGGAAUCAGGGUGACCAUUGUUUGUCCUGGGCCAAUAGAAACAUCAACUGGUUCUGGAGCAGCAAGCUCAGAAAAUAAAGCUUCUUCUGAGAAGCGUGUGUCAUCAGAAAGGUGUGCAGAGUUGACGAUAGUUGCUGCCACCCAUUGUCUGAAGGAAGUUUGGAUAUCGUACCAGCCUGUGCUGACUGUAAUGUACUUGGUGCAAUACGUGCCAACUGUUGGUUAUUGGCUCAUGGACAAGAUUGGUGGGAAUCGAGUCGAAGCAGCUGCACGGAAGGGCAACACCUACUCAAUUAGCUUACUGUUUGGGAAAAAGAAGGCAUCAUGAAUCUUUUGACUUGAAGCUCUAUCUUUCAUUGCGUUAACAAUCAGGAAGAAUGAUUGUAUGCGACUUAUAGUAUUUACAUAUCCAAUUAUAAGGUUUAGUUGACAAACUUUCCUGAA